UUUAAUGUUAUUGUUUGUAAGCACUCAAAUAUUUCAGAGUUGAUUAAAUUUUCAACGAAUCAAUUGUGUUGGCAACACUUUUAGCGGCAGGAAUGACAAUACAAUUUCAUUGCUGAAAUAAGUGAAUAUUAAAAAAUUUAAUUGAACUACAGCAACAUGGCACGUCGUUAUGAUUCGCGAACAACCAUCUUCUCCCCAGAAGGCCGACUAUACCAAGUGGAAUAUGCUAUGGAAGCUAUUUCUCGUGCUGGCGCUGCCCUAGGUAUACGCGCAGAUGAUGGUAUAGUUAUAGCUGCAGAAUGCCACACUACAAGUCCAUUAUUAGACAACGACAUUUUCCAGGAUAAAAUUUACAAGAUCAAUGAUCAUUUAUGUGUUGCUGUAGCUGGUAUUACGUCGGAUGCCAAUGUUCUGGUAAAUGAAAUGCGUUUAAUUGCACAACGUUAUCAAUAUAAUUAUGGUGCACCAAUACCGGUUGAACAACUGGUCUCGCAUUUGUGCGAUAUCAAGCAAGCCUACACACAAUAUGGUGGUAAGCGUCCAUUUGGUGUAUCGAUUCUUUACAUGGGCCACGAUAGACGUCAUGGAUUUCAACUCUAUCAGUCCGAUCCGAGUGGUAAUUACAGUGGCUGGAAUGGAACCUGCAUCGGCAAAAGUUUUGGUGUAGCUAUGUCUAUGUUGAAGACAGAACUUGCUAACCGUUACGAUAACGCUGAUAAUCGGCUUACAACCGAAGAAGCCAAGAAAAUCGCUAUUAAAGUGUUGGCUAAGAGUAUGGAGGGCAUUAAUGCAGAAAAAGUGGAAAUGGCAGUUACCACUCUGGGAAGUAAUGAACGCCCUGUAAUUAAGAUGGUCCAAAAAGAAGAAAUUGAACGAUUGAUAACAACACACAAUGAAGAGGAAGAAGAAAAGAAAGCAUCGACGUCAGGGUCGAAAUAGAAUUAGAUAUUCGAUUUUCUAACUAAUAUUUUCAUGUUACGGAAUUAAACGAAAUUAUAAAAAAAAAUAAAAAUAUCUUUCAAAAUAUCA